AUGUCACUACAGUUACCACAUUUUCUGACAAUUGUUUUAUUACGUGCUUAUAUUUUUCCCGUGUACUUUAUUAUAUCAAUAGCUACAGUUACUCGUACAAUUUAACUGACAACUCAUAAUAUUUUUUAAUGAUAUUAUUUUAGUUUAAUAACUGCAAAAAUUAUUAUAAUAAUUAUAUUUAUUUUAAAUAAUCUAAUAAUGCGUUAGAUUAGGUUAUGAGAAACUUGGAACUGCUGUUUGUAUUUUUUUAUUUGAAGGACGCACACAAAUUAUUUUUUCAAGUUAUCAUGUCAUAUACUUGGAGUAAACAUCAUUGAAUUGUAAUAUAAAUAAAUAAAAAGUUCAAAUCUAUGACGUCUGCCAUGAUGAAUAUUUGCAUUAGUCGCUUUGCUAUCCAAAUCUGCAAACGAAAUAAAAGGAUUGAUGGCUGUAAAAAGUAUUUAUCUAGACACAAUUCUACCCAAACUGGUGGCAAAGUGUUAGUACACUUGAAUGAUAGAAGUAUACUACAUAUCAGAGGCAAUGAGACCUCUACCUUUUUACAAGGAUUAAUCACCAAUGAUAUGAAGCAUCUUGAAGAAGGGGCAUCUAACAUCUAUACUCUGUUUUUGAAUACAAAGGGCAGAGUAAUGUAUGAUGCUAUAGUGUACAAGAAUGGGAAAAACGAUUCUUACUAUGUAGAAUGUGAUUCACAAAUUGCAGAAUCUUUACAAAGGCAUUUAAAGAUGUAUCGUGUAAAACGAAAAAUAGACAUAGAGCACAUAGGGGACAAGAUUAAUGUCUGGUCAAUGUUUAAUUCGACUAAAUACUUUGAUAGCAGGACUGUAGUGAAUGAGAAUGGAAAUCGUAAACUGGAAGGGAUGAUAUUUCCUUGUGGAACAUUAAACAGCAAAACCAGCAAAAUUAUUGAUGACAUUAUAAUACAUGAAGAUCCUCGAUUACCUGAUUUAGGUCUCAGAAUUUUGGCUAAAUCACAGAUUGACAGACAUGAGAUAAUUAAGCAUUUAGAUUCCAAUGUUUUAUCAGAGAAUGUCGAGGAUUAUACAGCCUUUAGAUAUAAAUUAGGAGUAGGAGAAGGUAUACAUGAUCUGCCACCUGGAAAAGCAUUGCCUUUAGAAAUCAAUUGCGAUUACUUGCAUGGCAUCAGUUUCCACAAAGGCUGUUACAUCGGUCAGGAAUUAACUGCACGUACUUAUCACACUGGUGUAGUCAGAAAACGUCUGAUGCCUUUAAUGUUUGAUAAUAUCACAAAUAAGUCACUUGCGUACGAUGAAAAAAUCCUCAACGAGUCUGGCAAUGUGAUAGGAAAAUUUCGGGGAUAUUCCGGAAAGUACGGAUUAGGCUUAAUGCGUAUUAACGAAGCUCUCAGCGCUAAUCAGCUUAAUGUAUCUGGUAUAAAUAUAAAAGUAGUCAAACCUGCAUGGUGGCCUCAAGAAGUUCAAAAAGAAAUUAUUUCUGCCAAAGAAACAAAAUAACAUAUUCAAUAAAAUUCAUGCAAUAUAUUAAUAGAU